GUUUUUUUGAACAUUUCGAUAAUACAUAAAUUAUCCUAAAAGAUUAUGUUUUUUACCUAGACGUUUUCGAUAACGCUGCUAUUUUUUUACACUUGUAUAAAAGAAAAUGUAUGUGAAAUGUCUGCGUGGGAGGGAACUCGUUCAAAUCCUCCUUUCCUUUCUAAAACCCCUAAAAAUAAUCAGUCUCCAGAAACAUCCUGUGAAUAUGCGAGUCUUGGUGUCCCGUGAUUCGAAUCAUCGGAAUGAUUCGAUUUUCGUGGAUUUGAAGUUUGAAGGGAAAGUUGUUUUGAGGUUAUUUCAGAUUUUGGCUACGUUUCGUUUGUUUUUACAUUUCUUUUUAUUUUAUACGGUAAUUAGAUUUCAAAAAUCUCCCACUUAUCUAGACUGAUUUGAUAACGUGUUUUGUUUGGCUGCUGUUUUGAUCAAAGUUUUGGGUCAAAGUCCAGUUGUUAAACAGUGAACAUUAGACCACCCAAAAUUCUGUUCACUCUACACUUCUACGGUGCCUUCAGAUUCCAGCCGCUGGAAAAUUAAAAAUAAUUAAAUUAUAAAAAUGGCUUUGUGCACAGCAAGAAACUUUGUAAAAAGCCCAUACGCUUUGGGAAAAGCUCAGCAACAAUUGGGUAAGUCAAAAAUAUAUAAAUGAAAGGUGUCUUAAGGGCCUUUUCCAUCGGAAACCAAACCAAUCAGACGAAGACCCUAGCACCAAAAACUGGAAAAAAUAUUGUUUUGCUAGAUGGAGUGAGAACCCCAUUUUUGAUGUCAGGGACCGACUACUCUAAGCUGAUGCCACAUGACUUGGCUAAAUUUGCUCUAAGUGGCAUUUUGAAAAAGACUGGUGUUCCCAAAGAAAUGAUCGAUUAUAUAACCUAUGGAACCGUUAUCCAAGAAGUCAAAACUUCAAACAUUGCCAGAGAGGCUUCACUUGCCGCGGGUUAUAGUGACAAAACGCCUUCACAUACUGUGACAAUGGCUUGCAUUUCAUCUAACGUUGCCAUUACAUCAGCUAUCGGUUUAAUCAACAGUGGAGUCUAUGAUAUGAUCGUAUGUGGAGGUGUAGAAUUUAUGUCCGACAUUCCGAUCAGGCACAGUCGUAAAAUGCGCAGCUUGAUGUUGAGAGCCAACAAAGCUAAAACUGCUGGCCAAAAACUCGCUCUCUUGGCGUCUAUCAGACCUGAUUUCUUUGUUCCUGAGUUGCCUGCUGUUGCCGAAUUUUCUUCUGGAGAAACUAUGGGACACUCGGCUGAUAGGUUAGCAGCAGCAUUUGGUGCAACAAGGAAGGAACAAGACGAGUUUGCAGUCAGGUCGCACACGUUGGCCAAACAGGCACAGGACAAAGGAUAUUUGACAGAUUUGAUUCCGGUCCAAGUUCCUGGAUCAACCAAGCCGAUCACACAUGAUAACGGUGUUCGAGUAUCUCCCAUCGAGAAAAUGGCCACUUUGAAACCCGCUUUUAUCAAACCUCAUGGUACAGUGACAGCAGCAAACUCUUCCUUCCUCACUGACGGUGCUUCCGCCUGCAUUGUCACGACAGAAGAAAAGGCAAAACAGUUAGGCUACAAACCCAAAGCUUACUUGAGGCAUUUCACAUAUGUGUCUCAAGAUCCUGUUGAUCAAUUGUUGCUAGGACCUGCAUACGGCACGCCUCUUAUUUUAGAAAAAGCUGGAUUGACGCCCAAGGAUAUCGAUGUGUGGGAGUUCCAUGAAGCUUUUGCGGGCCAAAUCAUCGCGAACUUCAAGGCGUUGGACAGCACCUCGUUCGCGCAACGUUACAUGAACAGACAAGAUAAGAUCGGCGCUCCCGACAUCAAUAAAUUCAACAACUGGGGCGGGUCAUUGUCCUUGGGGCACCCGUUCGCGGCGACCGGAGUCCGACUGGCUAUGCAUACUGCGAACAGGCUGGUCAGGGAAGACGGACAGUUUGGGUUGAUUGCUGCCUGUGCUGCUGGUGGACAGGGCGUUGCUAUGAUCCUGGAAAGGCACCCAGAUGCUCAUCCCAACUAGGUAUAUUUCAAAGGUGUAUUUAUAUGUAAUUAAUAAUGUUUGUAUUGAAAACGAAAAAGUGCUAGAUUGAGUAUUUUGACAUUGCUGAUAAUAAUUCAUAAAUGGUAUUCCAUUCAUCGUUCGUGAUUUGUUUUUCAACAUUGAAUACGGACAAAUAACUGAACCAACUACGGUGAUUAUUGCAAUUUUUUCACUCAACAUGUUCACUGAAAAUCACUGUCAGCAUUUCACAUAAAGUAUAAAAUCUAGCCUAAUAUCAGAACUGUUUUUUUUUAACUUUUGUUUCUGGUACAUAUAGCUUUUUAAGUAUAUAUAUUAUAUUGUUAGUGUCUUUUUUAUAAUAUAAAGAAAAUAUGUAAAUAUUUUUAUAAUAAAGUAGCCGUAAAUUGAUAAAUGGCGACUGUAAAGUAUAAAUAAAUUAUUGAUUGAUU